UUCAGAGACAGCCAGGGAGAGAAAUGAAGCCAUUCGGGAAUAUUAGGGUUCCCCAGCCUCCAAAGGCACGGGUGCUGUUAUGGACAGAUCUGAAAAACAGUGAUAUGGAAGAGAUUGAGAAGAGUAAUUCCAUACCAGAGAUCGAAAGGAUUUUGUGCCGUGCAUUAUUGGCCUCUGAUGCGGCUCAGCCAAAGCAGAGAGUACUACUUGAGUUGUACACCAAUCUAGUGCUGUUCUGCAAAGAGCAACAUUUUAACAGGGAACAGACGUCUGUACUCAUCUCCAUUAUCAAAACUGUACAUCAGUUUAACACAGAAACACCCCUCAAUAACACAGAUCACUGUAUGACCUAUUGCAGUGAACUUCUGCUUUGCCAUUCAGUCAGGAGGCCUCCUUUCAGUAUUGACCUUUUCAGCUCGGAGCAAGUGACACUAAUUUUGUUCUAUUUCAUCAACACAUAUAUGAGACAUUAUUUUUUAUACAAAUGCAUUUUUACCCCAGAGGUACAGUUGGAUAUAUCCUUGUCAUAUAUUGGAAUACUUGAGAACACAAAUGUAGAGGAAACUUCCAAAUCUGAAAGUGUUGCAGAUGGUGAAAGACAAACUGAGAGGGAGACAGAAGAGGAUGGAGAAGUUCAACAAAGUGCUGCACUAGAAAUGAAGACCACAGAGACAGAGAGUCCCAGACAAGGGUCUUCUCUAAAUUCUGAGCUUAGAACCAUAGUUCAAAAGGAAGUAAGGGAUGAAGUGAUGCGUUUGACCUCUCAGCUACAGCAACGGCUCCAGGACAGUGCUGAUCAACUUAAUGAUGCCAUUAGUAAACUGGAGACCAACAUAAAAGUUAAGAAGUAAGAAAAUAUGCCCCACGUCUUUACUUUUGGAAACCACUCAUUU